AUGAAAUACAUACUGUUUGUCACCUUUGUUGGUGUGGCUGUUGCCUUCCCUACCAACACUGAUGAUGACGAUGACGACAAGAUCGUGGGAGGCUACACCUGUGCAGAGAACUCUGUACCCUAUCAGGUGUCCCUGAAUUCUGGGUAUCACUUCUGUGGAGGUUCCCUCAUCAACAGCCAGUGGGUCCUGUCAGCUGCUCACUGCUACAAGUCCCGCAUCCAAGUGCAGCUUGGGAAACAUAACCUGGCACUCACAGAAUCGACACAGCAGUUGAUUAGUUCAGCUAAAGUCAUCCGCCACUCUGGCUACAGUUCUGCAACACUGGACAAUGACAUUAUGCUCAUCAAGCUUGCCGCGCCAGCCCAGCUCAACCGAGCUGUCCAAACAGUUGCUUUGCCUACCAGCUGCGUGGCCACAGGCACCACAUGCCUGAUCUCUGGCUGGGGCAACACACGCAGCAAUGGUGUUCUGUAUCCGGAUACUUUGCAGUGCCUGGAAGCUCCUGUACUCUCCUCCAGUGAGUGCAGCCAAGCCUAUCCUGGGAAAAUUACUGACAACAUGAUAUGUGUAGGAUUCGUGGAGGGAGGGAAAGACUCCUGCCAGGGCGAUUCCGGCGGUCCAGUAGUCUGCAAUGGGCAGCUCCAGGGCAUUGUUUCCUGGGGUAUUGGAUGUGCGCAGAAAGGCUAUCCCGGGGUUUAUACCAAGGUUUGCAAUUAUGUCUCCUGGAUCGAAGCAACUAUUUCUGCCAAUUGA